AUGAUGUUCAUCAGCAAAAACAAAUUCCUUGCCUUUUUGGCUUUGACAACAACAACUGCUACCAACACUGCCGUCCAGGCCUGCAGCUUGUCGGCCGAUUUGGGUAGCCACAGUGAAAGCGAUUACGAUGUCCGGAAAUUGCAACAGUUUCGUGUCGCUGCCGAUACCAAAAUUACCUGCGAACUGACGUGUACCAGUGGAGGAUUGACCACCAUGAAGAUUCAACACGAAGAUCCCUACAUGAUGGGACAAUAUUCGGAAACCAAAUCCAACAGUGAUUGCAACAUGGUCUUGACUCAUAGAACUGCCUCCCACAAGCAAACAGGCUUUUUAGAAGUCUACAUUGAAGCCGAUGCGCCUCAAGACCUAUAUCUCGAUUGUUACUGUGAUCAAGAAGCCAUCCAAACACCAGCUCCUACCCAGGCGCCAAAGACACCAUCGCCUACCAUUACUACAAAUGGGGUGCGGGGUGGCGGCAGUGGUAAUGCUAACAGCAAUAGUAAUGUUAGUCCUCAGAGCAACAGUCCUGCAAGGGCAGCACCUGCUGGUAAUUGCUUCUCCGAGUCGGCUCUGGUCCAAGUUGCAAGCAAGGGCGACAUUGCCAUGAAGGAUUUACAACUGGGAGACAGAGUUUUGACUGCCAGUGGAACCUACCAACCUGUCUAUAGCUUUGGACAUUACCAAACCGAUCACAAGGCUACCUUUUUGCAGAUUCACACUUCCAUCGACAGCAGCAGCAGCAAGCCAUUGGAAAUGACAGGGAACCACUUGAUCUUUCUCGCCAAUGGAGAAACAGUGCCGGCAAAGAAUUUGCAGACCAUUUCCCACUGGUGGUUGGCUCCCCAUCGAAUGAUGUGCAUGAAUGUGCUAUGGGCCAAUGACAGCAAGAACAUGUUGUGCCACGGCAAGAACGAGGACGGGAUCUUGCACUACCUGAUUGCUGGCCAGGAGAUGGCUCGAGCUGUCAACCAAUACAAAGCUUUGGUGCAGGUAUUUGUGUUGGGAAUCCCCCUGUUUCUCUUUUUUGGCUUGUUGAAUCUGCUGGAGUAUGUUUGCCUGGGCCCUGCGUUGGCCCCACUUGUCAUGCUGGUGGGUUUCCUAGCAACUGUUGGUGUUUGGCUCCAGAAUGAUGGAAAUGACAGCCGGGACACAAAGAAGAAGGUCGUCUAA